GAUGCUAUUGUCAUUGUUGAGUGUGAUAGGAAAAUAGGUAGAGCUCUCAAACGUCUUGAAGAUGAGGAUGCAAAGGCUGCUAUUGCUAUAUCAGUCUCUGAAGUUACUCAGGCUUUGGAUAGGUCUUAAUUUUGUCUGUCUGACCUUUCUCCCACUUGGGACUUACAGAUUUAUUUCUUUUCUAUGUUGAUGUUACAGACACCAGAAGUAGUAGAGCUUUCAAAGCAGAUUAAGGAGAAAUUAAAAGAAGUUAAUCAAUAUGGUAACAUUGGAAGCAUCUCGCUUCGUGUGUUAUUAGUUAAGUUUUUAUGAUUUGAUUUUUGUUGAAAUCUAUCUACUUUUGAUGUUGAGUUUGAGAUUUUAUUUCACUUUUAUGCUUGAAUGCCUUGUUUUCAAAUUGCCUUUCGAAGGUUAUGUAUAAAAGGAGGGGGUGGGGGUUGGGCAGGCUGCUAGUAUUUUCUAUUGAGGUUUAUACGUACGAGGUGUGACUCUUGAAUUGCAACAAAGAUGCGUUUUCUGCCUCGCCAAUUGAUGAUGAGUACUUGAUUUGUUUUCUUUGAUUUAACUUGGUUAUUCUUCUUUGAAUUAACUGAUUCAGGUUGAUGUCCAAAUUUAUAACAAUUGUUGUGAAGUUUUUUGUUUGUAGGUUCAAUAGAUUUCAUAAAUUUUAAGAUUUUGAUUAUAUGGUACAGGGGGAUGACCAUGGUUGGAGUUUGACUGCUUUCCCUGUAAUCUCAACUCUAAGGUGUUUAAUUUGUUAUAAAAACUUAAAAAGGAAUAAUUAAAUGAUUCAAUCAGUAUUUUUAGAGUGAGGAGACUGCCUUAGAUUAUCCAAUUGUCUGGUUGAUAUGUUUGGAUAGUUAAGAUUAAAUCAAUAUGGUUGAAUUCAACCAAAGGCUAUGUCUCCUCACAUAAUCUAGAGGACUUGGCCAAUGGUGCCAAAGAAUGGUCAACCGUUCACAUCAUUUGGUGUGCCUUUAAAUGGCAGAUUAGCAUGACAAAGUAAUGAUCUGUCACAAUAUCACUUUUGUUGCAGCCUUUGUAAAUGAGUUUUUGAGAAUUCUUGAGAAAUUUCUCUUGUUAGGGAGUUUAACAUAUGAUUGGUUUCAGUGAUUAUAUCAAAUCCAUAAUAUUACAUUGCUUUACUUGAUGACUUCCCACUAGGCCAUAUUGUGUUUGAUUUUCAAAGCCUUUUUACAAGUUUUUUGUUUAAAGUUCUAAAUUUUGUACA